UCAACUCACCUCACAUUGUCUCUCAGCCUCGGCCUCCUGCGUCAGCGGAUCGCUUGUACGUCGUCGUCGUCACAUCUGCUCGCCAACAUGUCGAUCGUGAAGAAACGUAACGUUCGACACGGUCACCCAGCUAGGUAUCGCCUACGCUCGAGUGUCAGCCACGCAGCAGGAGCGGCACCACGCUUGAUCAGGAGGAACACGGCUUUCGUCGUGUCUCGCGCAAUACUCACCAACAUCAGACCUGCUCGGGUGCGCCGAACUCGAAGUGGAGAGGCGACGGGACCUGACCCAGACAGACCAACAAUCCUCAGUCUUCCGAACAAUGUGCUCUUGGACGUCCUCAACUCUCUAGACGUGCCUUCAAGGAUUUGCAUGGGUCUCACCUCAAAGUUCUUCGCUCAAAUGGCCGGUAUGGUCGAUACAGCUCUUGACGAUCAAGCAAGCAUUGUCAAAUUUCACCGUCGUUGCCCACUUCCACCAUGCAUGUACACUACACACCUCAGCGACCGACGCAUCUUGCUUCUGACCUUGAGGUCAUACAUGCCUUGGAAUUACCGAUUGUGUUGGAAGUGUGUCAAAUAUACCAAGAUCAGCGAUUCAAAAUGGUUCUUUACCACCAGGAUUCGGCUCGACGGUCUCGACGGUCUCAAUCUUGAUUCAUUCAAGAAUAUCCGCUCAGACAACAAGAUAUGGGCCCAUGCUGACUGUGUCAUGUCUGGAACACACCUGGCUAUGUGGGCCAUCAUGACACCAGGCGCCUGCGGCGGCUUCUCUGCAAACCAUACGGCGUGGCCAAGGUCGAUGCAACCGCUAAGAUUUUCCUGGGGUCCUGAGGGAGGACGCUUCACUCUUGCCAACAUCGAUGACGAUGAAGAUAGCUCUACGAGCGACAACUCGGAUGACACACACAGAUCUGCAGUACCGUCGAUGGGUUCACAAAACCCAGCUACAUUACCUCCGCUGACCCUUGCGCUGACCCUUGCGCUGACCGAAACGUACUCCACGGACGUGAUAUAUCAGAUUCGUGAUAAGUUCAUAACGCAACUUGCCAGCGUCGAUAUCCACAAGGUACCGCACUUCUUGCACCCCAAUAGCAAGCUGAAGGGCACGGCGCCCCAAGAGGGCAAAUUCAGCGCUGAACAAAUACGCUCAAUCACCAACCUUAUCUUCGUGGAAAUGCUAGGCCAGUCGACUUUUAAUCGCCUCACUCAACUGGUUAAGUGGUAUAACCACACUACUAGUAGCGACCCCGGUGUUGUCCUUCCUGCGAAGAAUACCGCCGUGGACCAGAAUCUUCCGGAGAUCUGUCGCUACCUCUUCUUGGCUUGGGCAAGAGCAGAAGAGUCUACUGUGAGGGAGAACAACUUCUUCCGGGCUAUCCAAGGGCACACCGCCAGGUUCGAAAUCAGCCACUACUACCGAAGCCUAAUCAAGGCCGCCCAGAAGGACACCUAUUAUGAUGUUAGACGUACCCUCGUCGAACACGGAUACCAUAUGAAAUCUACAUGCGCCGCGUUGGUUCGACCAUUCCUAGCUGUUGAAAGAACCGAUGCUGGCCAAGACUUGCGCCGGUGUCCGCCUCUCCAUCAAGCUCGCUGCUACCAGAAACGAUUCGUUCCAACAACGCAUCGAGAGUGCCAUUGGAAUCUACGCAAGGACCAACAGACAAGAGAUGUCAGUUGA